AUUAACAACCUGUCAAAUCCGAGGACAGCUGUGAAACCGUCAACUCGUCCCAUUUCACUUAGAAAGAUGCUUCAUUUCCUCGUUUUGGUCGUUCUGUGAUCUGGAAAAAGGUUCUUCUGAAUUAUACUGAAAAAUAAACAACUUCCAAAAAAAUGAGUCCGUGUAACCAGUCUAGCAGUAUUCAUACAUUCCAAUAACCAUUCACCUGCACCCGGCCAAUCCUCAUUCAGCCACAUUUUCAACAAACUGACACACGCACUCUCCGCCGGUGAGCCCACUGUCGUUCCUGCAGGCUGGGUACGGAGCUGGUCUGGCCGCGUGCCCCUCCAGCACUGCGUGUUAGUGUGAGAUGGGGCGGCAGGAAGCAGAGGGUUGCUGCCGCUGCGGACUGUAAUGUCAGAGCCCAGCAGCCCCGGCGAGAGCCAGCGCGGCGCUCCCAGAUUCUUCGUGGGCUGCGCGGAGGAUGAGAGCGAAGGCCUGGACGACUACGCCAGCAUGAGGACAGACAUGGAGCUGUACGAAGAUGACCUGGAGAAUAACUCGCCUCCAGAGUGUCAGAUCGUGGUGGGGAUUUGCUGUAUGAUGAAGAAAUCAAAGUCCAAACCCAUGACUCAGAUCUUGGAGCGUCUAUGUAAGUUUGAGUACAUCACCGUGGUCAUCUUUCCUGAGGACGUCAUACUCAAUGAUCCGGUGGAAAAGUGGCCGCUCUGUGACUGCCUGAUCUCUUUUCACUCGAAAGGUUUCCCCCUGGAUAAGGCAGUGAGUUAUGCAAAACUCCGUAGUCCGCUGCUCAUCAAUGACCUUAAUAUGCAGUAUUACAUACAGGACAGGCGGGAGGUAUAUCGUAUUCUGCAAGAGGAGGGAAUAGAUCUGCCACGCUAUGCUGUGUUAAAUCGCGACCCUGACAAACCUGAAGAAUGCAGCCUGGUUGAGGGAGAAGACCAAGUUGAAGUUAAUGGCGAAGUCUUUCUCAAACCCUUUGUGGAGAAGCCAGUUUCUGCAGAGGACCAUAAUGUGUACAUCUACUACCCAACUUCAGCUGGAGGAGGCAGCCAACGCCUCUUCAGAAAGAUUGGGAGCAGAAGUAGUGUUUACUCUCCAGAAAGCAGUGUGAGGAAAACUGGCUCCUAUAUUUAUGAAGAGUUCAUGCCAACUGAUGGCACAGAUGUGAAGGUGUACACAGUAGGGCCAGAUUAUGCUCACGCAGAGGCUCGUAAGUCUCCUGCUCUCGACGGCAAAGUUGAGCGAGACAGUGAAGGCAAAGAAAUUCGCUACCCGGUCAUGCUCACUGCUAUGGAGAAACUUGUGGCCCGUAAAGUGUGUCUGGCAUUCAAGCAAACAGUGUGUGGAUUCGACCUCCUCAGAGCAAACGGUCAUUCAUAUGUCUGUGAUGUCAACGGCUUUAGCUUUGUGAAGAAUUCAAUGAAAUACUAUGACGACUGUGCAAAGAUUCUAGGAAAUAUUGUGAUGAGGGAGCUGGCUCCUCAGUUCCAGAUCCCCUGGUCCAUACCUACAGAGGCAGAGGAUAUUCCUAUUGUCCCUACGACAUCAGGCACUAUGAUGGAGCUGCGCUGUGUGAUCGCUGUGAUCCGUCAUGGAGAUCGAACGCCAAAACAGAAGAUGAAGAUGGAAGUGCGGAACCCCAUGUUUUUUGAAAUUUUUGAAAAAUAUGGUGGCUAUAAAACUGGCAAACUGAAGCUUAAGAAACCCAAGCAACUGCAGGAAGUUCUGGACAUUACCAGAACACUGUUGGCAGAUAUGGGACAGCAUACUGACUGUGAAAUUGAAGAGAAGAAGUCCAAACUUGAACAACUGAAGACCGUUUUAGAAAUGUAUGGCCAUUUCUCCGGAAUCAAUAGGAAAGUACAGCUCACCUACCUUCCGCGUGGACAACCCAAAACAUCCAGUGAGGAGGAAGAUACCCGUAAGGAGGGCCCAUCUAUACUGCUGGUGCUUAAGUGGGGAGGAGAGCUGACUCCAGCUGGCAGAGUUCAGGCUGAAGAACUGGGUAGAGCUUUCCGCUGCAUGUAUCCUGGAGGUCAAGGGGAUUACGCUGGCUUUCCAGGCUGCGGUCUUCUCAGGCUACACAGCACAUACCGGCAUGACCUCAAGAUCUACGCCUCUGAUGAGGGCAGGGUGCAAAUGACUGCUGCUGCAUUCGCUAAGGGUCUCUUGGCGUUAGAAGGGGAGCUGACACCCAUCCUGGUCCAGAUGGUAAAAAGUGCAAAUAUGAACGGCCUGUUGGAUAAUGAUAUUGAAUCCCUCAGCGGCUGUCAGCAGAGGGUUAAGGCCAGACUGCAUGAGACCAUGCAGAAAGAUCAAACCUUCACAGAAGAAGACUUUGACAGGCUGGCUCCAACAAACAGUAAUUCCCUGGUGAACUCUAUGAAGACUGUGGAGAAUCCAGUGAGUACAUGUGAUAAAGUCUACACCCUUAUCCAGAGCCUCACCUCACAGAUCCGCAAAAGACUUGAAGAUCCCAAAUCAGCAGAUUUACAGCUGUACCACAGCGAGACACUGGAGAUGAUGUUGCAGCGCUGGUCAAAAUUGGAAAGGGACUUCCGUAUGAAGAGCGGCCGAUACGACAUAAGCAAAAUUCCUGAUAUUUACGACUGUGUGAAGUAUGACGUGCAACACAAUGCUUCCCUGGUACUGGAGGAUACGGUGGAACUCUUCAAGCUUUCCAGGGCGCUAGCUGACAUUGUUAUACCACAGGAGUAUGGCAUUAAUAAGGUGGAGAAGCUGGACAUUGCGUAUGCCUACUGUCUGCCUUUAGUGAAGAAGAUUCAGCUGGACCUACAGAGGACACACGAGGACGAGUCUGUUAACAAGCUGCAUCCAUUAUAUUCACGUGGAGUCCUGUCUCCAGGCAGGCAUGUCCGAACUCGGCUGUAUUUCACGAGCGAGAGUCACGUCCACUCCCUUCUUAGCAUCUUCCGUUAUGGUGGCCUAUUGAAUGAGGAGAAAGAUCAGCAGUGGAAGAGAGCCAUGGAUUAUCUAGCCGCAGUGUCUGAGCUCAACUACAUGACCCAGAUUGUCAUCAUGCUCUAUGAAGACAACAAUAAGGACCCAUCCACUGAGGAGCGCUUCCAUGUGGAGCUGCAUUUCAGCCCGGGGGUUAAAGUAACAGAGGAGGAGAGUGCUCCGAUGGGCUUUGGCUUUCGACCAGCCUCAGCUGAAAAUGACCAGAAGCAAACAGACCCUGGGAGUUUGGAAAACCUUGCACAAGAUGAACCCGACCGAGCCUUGCCUCUUUCAGAUGCCAUCAGCACCCAGAGGAAAUCCCCGCUGAUCCGGAAUCGCAAGACUGGCUCCAUGGAGGUCCUGUCAGAGAGCUCAUUCUAUAAAGGGGGAAACUAUCGCCUCUUCCCCUCCUGCUCACGUCAGUCUCCAGAGAUGAAGCAGAGUGGAUUAGGCUCACAGUGCGCUGGUCUCUUCAGCACCACCGUCCUGGGGGGCUCGUCUAGUGCCCCCAACCUUCAGGACUACGCACGUACACACCGCAAAAAAUUCUCCUCGGGCAGUUUGACCUAUAAAGACGAGUUGUUGUCUAUGCCGGCAGUAAAACGAUUUUCUGUGUCGAUUGCAAAGCAUCCGACUAAUGAGCCCCUGGAGGACCAUCAGGUAGCCCAGCUGCUGAGGCGCUUUUCCACCGACCCCAAUAUUGGCCACCCGUUGUCUUUGGACAGCGCUUUUGCCCACCACCUUCAUCAGUGCUCCUAUCAUCUCCGUCUCUUCCGCAACUGGUUAAUCUCUGGCCAGGAUUCGCUAGAGUACAUCUACGGUUUUGAAGGCUGCUCCAUGGUGCCCUCCAUCUACCCUCUCGAGACCCUCCACAACUCCCUGUCGCUGAAACAGGUGAAUGAGUUCCUGACGGCCAUGUGUGAGAAUGCAGAGGAUUCCCAUACUAGGACAACCAGAGCUCUCUCAGCCAUGUUUGAUUCCCAAAUCCAACCUUCAGUGGACUCAUACAUUCCUCAGAGAGUGCUGACUUCAUCUGUUUCACUGCGCCAGCGCUCUGAUAGGCCACCGUGGUACAGCAGUGGUCCUUCCAGUACAGUGUCUAGCGCCGGUCCCUCAUCUCCCACCACGGCCGACACCUCCCCACGCUUCAGCUUUAGUGAGAAAGUCACCCUCACCCCUCAGAGCAGUGAGGAAAUCCAUCCGGCCCUGCACAACACCAACCAGUGCGUGUCCUCCACAUCUGCACACAGCCUCCACUCUGAGGAAACAAAUCCCUCAGCACCAUCUCCAAUCCUGGAGAGACCCAGUGAGAUACCAGUGGACAGAACAGACUUUGCAGGCCAGUGUCUAACAGAGAGCCCAUGUUGUGGUGAAGCCGAGGAAGCCCCCGAAGAGUCCAGUCUCCCCUGUUCACACCUGGCAGAAAGCCCACCGAUGGAGUCUUUCUGUGGGCUGCCCAGAUCCCUACCCGUGCUCCUCGAGCUCAGAGAGAGCAGUUCUGAAGCAGGCUCCAGUGCCCAAACUCCUGUCACCCCUGAAGAGCCAGAUGAGUUCUUUGAUACCCAGGAAACAGUUGCGGUGUGGAGGGUGAGUCCAGGGGCACUGCCUCACCCCGGCACUCCUCUUGAAGUGGGAGCUCCGCAUGUGCCUGAGCCUUGAAGGAGAUGAGGAAAAUCUUGUCAACCGUGCAUCCCUGUAGUGACCUAGCAUGCUGUCGCUGUAGUGCGUUGGAGACCUUUAUUAUUUCUCAAACGAAUCCAGUCAAAGGACAAAGUGGGGUUUGCGUACAUAAAGAACGUUGUGCAAAUGUAAGCCUUGCUUAUAUACAAUCUGUCACCUGUUACCUGACUUGUUACAUUUAUGUGUGUGAUACUGUAGUGGUCAUUCAGAGAUGUCUGCUGUGUAACUGUUGACCUUUUCUUACUGUUGCAGUUGGCAAUAGUGAAAUGGCCAGUGAUCCAACAUAAGCUGGUAGAUGCACUGAAGAUCCACAUUCAAGUUAUUAUGUUCACAUUUUAUCUUUCUUAUUACUGUGUGCAUUUUUCAUCAUUGGCUAGUCUAAAAAAUAUUUUUCUAAGGGACUUCGUGUUUGAUACAAGCUUAUGUUUAGGGAAGGACUUUGACUGCAAUAGGCAAGAUAAACUCUUGAAUAAUUUAUACAGCUAGAUGUAUAUUAAAUAAACGCUAACGGUUUUAUUACUAUUUGCCAAAGCCUGAUACACCACUGUCGUAAUUUAAUAAGUCAUAAUAAAAUAUAUGUAUAAUAUACUACAUAUGUAUGUAUUUUAUAAUGAAAUGUAUGUGGUAUAUAUAUUUAUGGACUAAUAAGCAGCUUGUUUAACAGUGAGACGGCAAAUGAAUAAACAGUCUCAUUUUUUAUAUUUUAGUUUUUAUUUUUGUAACGCAUACUGUCACGGUUUUCAAAAAUUGAACCUUAUUUUUCAAACAUUUCUCUUCUGCUUCGUAGCAUUCACCUCUAACAGUGACGUACUAUUUUUGUACCGUGACCGUCCCUGUUUGAGCAAAUGAAAAGUGCAGUAUACUGACAUUAUCGUUGUCCUCUUGUUUUCAGAGCACAUUUAAUAAGGACAAAUGAUUUUAUUUCAUAAUGGUCAGAGAAAUAUGCUGUACUGUUUACUCCAUUGAUAUAGAAAACAUUUGUUAGAGAAAAGUCAGUCAUUAUUUUUGACCUUGAUGGUGGACAUUGUAGAAGCUGUGGCUAAAGGUUUCAGACUCUGAUAUUAGUGCAGCAUCAGAUUCUUGUCAUUUUGAUCCUACAUUUAAACUGUAAGACCUCUAGAAUCUAGAGAAGAGCAUUUCAUUUCCACUCUUUAGCAGUGUGUGAAUAAUUCUACUUUACUGUGAGUACAGUGAAGUACACUGAACUGACUGAGAACUGUUUCUGUAAUAGUUUCAUUUGUAUUCACUGACAUUAAGCGUCUGCCUUGGAUAGAUUCAGCAGCUCAGAUAUGUUGUGCUGUUCGGUGCUCUGUAUGCAGUCUGUGCAGUCGUAAUUAAUGGCACUUUGAUUUACAGUGUUGACAAUAAAAGUGGCUUUGUCUAUAGAAAACAAUAUUUCACUUUUUUGAGCAUUUUUGUUUGUUUCUCAGUCUUACUCCCUUGAUGUUUAUUUGUACAAAUAUGUUUCUUGACCACAAAACAUAUCAAUAACAUCUUUCUUAUGGUUAUAUGUGUACUUGCAUAUGCAUCUAUAGCUCUUAUUGUUAUUCAUCCUCACACUCUGGUUUAAAACUGUGAAGGGUUGGCAUGACAACAAGCUUCUUAUAAUCACCUUGAGAGUUUUCAUUCUGUCAGCCACAGUUGCCCAAAGAAAACACGUAUAGACAGAAAAUGCAGCUAGCAUUAAACAAUUCAUCUAUAAUUUAGUCCCACUAGCAACUAUUAUGCGAUAUGUAUUUCCACGUGAUUUGGUCACAGGACAGUGGGGCAUUGUCUGCUGUUGUGCCAAGCAGUGCAUUCUGUUUUCUUUAACACAAGAGCAUUGUUCACUGCUACUUUUCUCGUGAAGAACAGACAUGGCGGGGAGAAAAGACGGGUACUAAUAGAUAAUAGGCAUGUGACCCAGACAGUGAUGUCAUAGUCAUGUGAAUUCUGCUCACUUUAGAAUGCCUGCAACCUGCUGAAUCUUAACCUUGCAACAGUGCUGUUAUUUUAUCAGAACUUUUGUAAGAAUGUGUUGAAUGAUUCUAGAAAUGUUUUUUUACUUUGUGCAGGACUGUUGAUAAAUCUACUGUGCAUAGUUAAAGAAUUGAAAAAUCUUUGCUACAUAAAAAUAUUAAUAUAAUUCAUUUGAGGCUGCACAGAACAGUGCUUUAUUUCAGACUGUAUUAUAUAUAUUAUGUAACCUAAUAACAUUUUUCAUAUGUACAUAUAUAAAAAAUCUGUUUUUUUAGGCACAGUCGCCUUUAGUUUGCUCACUGAGGACAUAAAACAUUACAUAAGU